AUCGCUGUCCAUGCUCACACCCGCCCUCGAGCGGGCCGAGGCCGCGGUUGACGCCGCGUAUGCGCUGCACGACGAGUCCUACGCUCCGCCUGCUGACCGGCUCGCGGCGAUGCAGGCCGCGCGCGCCGAGGCGGAGGCUGUCAUCGCCUCUGCGGCCUCGCUCGCCGGGCAAAGCAAAGACAGCGCGGUCGAGGCGCGGCUGCAGUACCUGCGCGGCAAGGCGGCGACGUGCGGCCCGGACGGACGCGGCUCGGCCGAGGCGGAGCAGCUGCUCGCCGUCGCCGUGAAGCUCGACCCGUCGCUCGACGGCGCCUGGAACGCCAUCGGCGAGUGCUACUGGCAGCGCGGCGACCUGGAGGCCGCGCGCGGCUGCUUCCUCGGCGCGCUCGCGCACAGGCGGUCGGCCGCGUCGCUCUGCCACCUCUCGAUGCUCCUCCGCCUCAUUGCGCGCCGCUCGGCUCCGGACGAGGCGAGGGCGGGCGUGCUCGAGUCGCUCUCCCUCGCGCGCGAGGCGGUGCGUCUCGAGGCGUCGCAGGGCGCCUGGUUCUCGCUCGGCAACGCGCAGCUCGCCGUGUACAACACGUGCACCGCCGGCUCCGAGGAGCUCCACCGCGCCGGCAAGGCCUUCACGCAGGCUUCGCGGGUGGGCGGCGGCUCCUCCGAGGGAGCGAUGGGCGCCGACCUCGCGAUGAACCACGGCCUCUCCCUCUUCUUGCUCGAGGCGCUCGAGCCCGCGAUGGAGGCGUACGCCACCGCUCACUCGCUCGACCCGUCUGUCGGAGCGGACCGGAUGCGGCACGAGGUGUGGGAGUACGCGCGCCGCGUCUCGGACGCCCUCGGCGCGAGCGGCGGCGGAGGCGGGCUCAAGCAGCGCCGUGUCCCCCUCCCGGAGCCUCCUCCACCCUCGGCCGCGGAGGACACCCACCCGCGCGCGGACGUGCAGCAGCUGCGCGCCGGCGACAACCCGGGCGUGCGGCUGCGGCUGCGGCUCCUCGCGCCGCUGCCCGAGUCGCCGCAGCGGCUGCACCGCUCCUUCGCCGCCGCAGACCGCUCCGGCGCCGUCGUCGCGCUCGCGCUCUUUGGCCACAACCUGCCGCCGGCGCUGCGAGGCCCGGCGGCAAAGGGCGCCACCGUGGAGGUGGAGGCGCCGUCGCUCGUGCGUGCGAGCUGCGAGCCGCCGGUCGGCGGCGGCGAGGGGCAGCGCGUGGCCUACGACUGUCUCCUCUCCUCGUGGUCCAGCCUGCGGGUAGUGAGCGCGUGAUGGAUAUGACAUUGGCCGUGCGACACUUUCUUAUCGUGCCUUUUGUAGUGCCAGUCCGAGCCAGUCUGCUGUGAGAG